CACAAACUUUGGGAGAACCGAGAAAAGGUAUGGCAAGCCAUUGAAGCCGGUGCGCAUAUCUACGUAUGCGGUGAUGCUCGAAACAUGGCUCGCGAUGUACAGUAUACUGUGCAACGCAUAUUCCGUGAAGAAGGCGGUAAAACCGAAGAAGAAGCAACGAAGCUGUUCAAGGAUCUAGAACGACAACGACGGUAUCAAGCUGAUGUGUGGUCAUGA